UAUUAGAACUUGGGCGGCCAUGUUUUGCUGCUAGGUAAUACUAGCGCGGUCCGACUACCAUCUUUUUUGAUACAUCUCAACCUUGUAAGGACUGGUUUGCAGGCUAAAAUAUGGAGAGGGCCAAGUUGGACAGGUCUUCGGAGACGGUGGAAGUGGAAUGGUCCGCGGGAGGGGUGGACUGGUUCCCGUACGUUUGGCUGAGGGACAACUGUCAGUGCUCGGAGUGUUUCCAGGUCGACCUAAACAAACGCUUGGUGCUGACGUCACGGCUGGAUCUGGACGUUGCCCCCGACCAUGCAAACGUGCAAGAUAGGGGGAGCACCUUACACGUGACGUGGCCGGACGGACACCGGAGCGAGUACGGCUGGCAGUGGCUGCGGGACCGCUGCUUCAGUCCCCAGGCCAGGGCGGACAGGGAAACACGCUGGAGGAGAAAGAAGCAGCUCUGGGGAGCCGAACUCUUCACAAACCUCCCCACGGCUGAUUUUCCCGCGCUUUUGUCAGACGACCGCGCCUUGUACGACUUCCUGUUUCUCCUGGACACUAUCGGCCUCGUUCUGGUGCAGAACGUGCCACGUCAGCCUGGGCAGUUUCUCAAGCUGGCCAAUCGCGUGGCGUUUCCCAAAAUGACCUUCUUAGGGGCGGAGCAGAUGUUGAAAAUCCAGCCCAUCCACGGAAACUUCCUCCUGAGCACAGACCCACUUGGACUGCACACGGACCUGGCGUACUACAACUACCUGCCUGGCGUCCAGAUGAUGCACUGCAUCAAGCAGACGGAGUCGGAAGGGGGCGCUAGUGAGCUUGUGGACGCCUUCAACGCCGCCUACCAGCUGAAGCAGGAGAACCCGGACGCCUUCAAACUCCUCACCGCGGUCAAGGUCAACUUCCACAGGAUCGGGAAGGCCGAGCCCAGGCACCACAUGAAGGAACGACACCAUAUCAUCAGCGUAAGCGACAAGGGGGAGGUACAGAAGGUGGUGUGCGGGAAACACUCCCGUGAUUCCGUGCUGGACGUGCCGCUGGACCAUGUCAAACCUUUCUACCGGGCCAUGAGGGCGUUCGACGACAUCCUGGCUCACCCCAGGAACUGCAUCCGCUACAAGAUGAAAGAAGGAGACAUGUUGGCGUUCGACAACCUCCGUGUCCUGCACGACCGCACGGCGUUCAGCCUGUCAGGCGGAGAGAGGCACCUGCAGGUCGGGUAUGUGGACUGGGACGAGACCUACUCUCGCAUGCGCGUCCUGCAGGCCGAGCUGGGCAUCCAGGAGUGAUAAGUCAAAAUUUUGCU